AACAACAACUGCCGUUGCUCUGACAGCGGCAGCGAUUUUGUAGGCUACAUCGCUAGGCUCUGGUUGAGCGCCCGUUAUUCAGCAAACAUGCUUUGAUUUUUGGACAGCGUUAUUAAUGCCAGUGUUGCUCGAACUCAUACGGAAGCAGGCAACGGCACUAUUUGAUUUAAAUACGGUUGCAAAAUACAAAUUUUCCACAUUUUAUCGGACAGCGCGAACAUAUCAAUGGUUGUGAAUUCACGCGCUGGUCGCGGGUGCGGUCCCACCCCGGGCGCUUUGAUCGUACCGAUCUAAGCGAGGCGGUAUAAUUUUCGGCUACAGUCUUAACGACUUUGCAAGAUGGGGAGCACCACCUCUUGCUGCGUGUCGUCGAGCCCGAAGAUCCGGAGAAAUGCCCAUUCAAGGCUGGAGUCAUACCACCCCGAGCCGGAGUUGAGCAGGGAAGACACGGGCUGCAACCUGCAGCACAUAAGCGACAGGGAGAAUGUCGAUGAACUCAACAUGGAGUACAACCCAUCGGACCAUCCUCGCGCCAGCACCCUAUUCCUCAGCAAGUCUCAGACCGACGUGGAGGUACCUAGCAGGCCUGUGCGUGACAAACGGAAGAGCCUCUUCAUUAAUCACUUAGCCCACAUAGGGGAGUCCAAGCACGGGACAACGAGACGGAAACACAGUUCCUGCUCCACCAUCUUCCUGGACGACAACACCGUCAGCCAGCCUAACCUCAAGUACACCAUCAAAUGUGUUUCACUUGCAAUAUACUACCACAUCAAGAACAGGGACACGGAUGGAAGAAUGUUCCAGGAAAUCUUCGACGAGAAGCUUCACCCUCUCUCGAAAUCAGAAGUGCCGUCAGACUACAACAAGCACGACCCGGAGCAGAAGCAGAUCUACCGCUUCGUCAGGACGCUGUUCAGCGCCGCGCAGCUCACGGCAGAAUGUGCCAUCGUUACCCUGGUGUACCUAGAGCGCCUGCUGACCUAUGCAGAGAUCGACAUCGCUCCAGGGAACUGGAAGCGCAUCGUGCUGGGCGCCAUCCUGCUGGCCUCCAAGGUGUGGGACGACCAGGCCGUGUGGAACGUGGACUACUGCCAGAUCCUCAAGGACAUCACCGUGGAGGACAUGAAUGAGCUGGAGCGUCAGUUCCUGGAGCUGCUGCAGUUCAACAUCAAUGUCCCCUCCAGCGUCUACGCCAAGUACUACUUUGACCUGCGCUCUCUGUCGGAGACCAACAACCUGAGCUUCCCUCUGGAGCCUCUCAGCAGAGACAAAGCCCAGAAACUGGAGGCCAUCUCCCGGUUGUGUGACGACAAGUACAAGGACGUGAGGCGCUCAGCCAAGAAGCGCUCGGCCAGCGUGGACAACCUGUGUGGGGUACGGUGGGUCCCUGCCAUCCUGUCCUAACCUCCAGCCACAGACCCAGGAUGGGGACCGGGG